UGUGCUUUUUGAAUAUAAUAUAUCUAUCUCAUUUUCUCGGUGGUUACAGAUGUUGUUGGCAUUUAACUAUGCGCUGCUCCCUAACGCUAAAUGGACAAUGCUUUUGUGUAAUCAAAGGAUCAUGUUCAUCUAUCAAAUCAUUCUUUUGAGUCGGAUCUUUUCACAGACGCAAACAAAGUGCGUGUGUAUGACGUCGCCACUUUGUUGCCUGACUACCACCCUGCGUCCCAAUGUGCGUACUAUCCACCCUAUCUGCCCUAAAUAGUAUUGAAAAUUCUAAAUAUCUCAUCAUCGUCCAUAUCGCUGUUUACAUUAGACUUGCGUUACCAAGGCGAUGACGGAUGCAUUUGUAUUACAUUCCGAAGAGCUCCGUUAUUAGCACCACAGUGGAAAAUAAAACCGUAUUCGUGCUGACUGAGAACCGUUCGGUCCGAUCGUGGAAAAGCGGCUAGAUCUCCGUUGUAAAGCACGACAGAAAUUUGCGUGGGUUUGCUUUGCUCAUGAACGUGAAUCAAAGUUAUGUGACUAGAGACGUAAACGGAAAUCGGGAUUCCCCUUGAAUUCUCCGGGAAGUAUAGUUUCACUUUUAUAAUUGAUGCUUCUGUAUAAAUUACAAGAUUCUGUUCGCAAAAGUCGUGAACCUUGUUGUCCAAAAUGUAAAAUUACCCCCCAGGAAGUCUUCUGAGAAAAGUUUAUGUAGAGUUUUAAAUGCAUGUGAGGAUAACCAGAUAUAAUUUCGUUAGGAUAUCGCGUUAUCAUUGGUUAUUUAUGUGCCACAUUUCUUCUUUUCCUUUUUCGUUUAUAGUGUCACAAAGAGAUAAGCCUGUCUGCGGGCAACAUCAUCAAAACUUUUGUCUAUCUAAAUUAAGGACAUUGAAGGUGUAAAUCCAAAGUGGCUACUGAUUUCUAGAAUGUGAUGAAUGAGGCUACAGUGGAUUUCUUUCUCAAUGGCAUGAUAAAUGCAAUUUUCAUUCAAUAAUAGCUCGAGAAAAAAAGUGCAGAUAGCUAUUUUUUCCCCUACUUUUUUUCCUGACUAGCCUUUUAAGCAAACAAAGAGAUGUUUAAAAUGCAUAAUAAAAUACCAUACUCCCAGCUGUUAAAAUGACCCAGACUAUAACCUACAGCAUCUAUACAGGAUCAUAAAGUGAAAUGGCGGAUGGAUUUUCUAACAUGGUUAACAGUGUGACUGCAUCUCUUAAAAAAGAGGAGUGUAAGACCCUACGGUACCUUUGUACAGAUUUGUUCAACAACAUCUGUGUGGAAGAUUUGAGAGGAGCUUUGGUGGCUUUUGCCAAACAGACCCAAACUCAAGCAGGCCAGUCUCAAGCUGGUGAUGCCCUGCUGAUGGAGCUCAUGUUCCGAAUGAAGCGCUUUGAUAUCCUAAAGAAGGUUUUUGGCAUCAGUAGUCAACAGGUAGAAGGAAUUGUGAAGAAGGGAGGCGUCAUCUCAGAUUACAGGGUUCUAAUGGCAGAUGUGAGCGAAAACCUGGAGGAUGAGGAUUUACAAUCUCUUAUAUUUCUCCUGAGCGGUACCCUGCCCAAAGAAAGACUGGCUAGAGCUACUAGCUUUUUAGAUGUGGUGGUGGAGUUGGAGAAGUUAGAUGAAGUAUCUUGUGAUAAGCUUGACCUGCUUGAACAGUGUUUGAGGAACAUUCACAGAAUGGACCUUGUCAAAAGGAUUGAGACCUACAAGAAUAGAGGUCAGAAUGUACCAUGUGCAGUCCCGAAGGUUCAGAAUUCUUUUAAGUUCAGCCCUGUGCACCGUCAGUCUCCUGUUCAACCAGUGAAGCAUUCACAAUGCUGUUCUCAAGAGUUGAAAAAUUUAAAGCUUUCAGUGCCUGAAACAGGGACGCAGCAUCAAGAGGCUUUUAUGGAGGAGUAUGAAAUGAAUCCUGAGCAGAGGGAUCUGUGUAUAAUUAUUGACUGUGUUGGCUGUGAUGGAGAAAUGUUGAAUCAGACAUUUGAGCGUCUGGGUUUCAGGGUCAUUCUCCACUCUCUCCUGGGUCUAAAAGAAACCCAGAAGGUCUUGGAAGACCUGACCCGUAACAGGAUGCUUCACGUGGUCAAUCGCUUUGUCUGCUGCAUCAUCAGCAGGGGAACGGACACUCAUCUGUUGGCUACGGACUCUAGUCGCCUUGGCAUCAGGCUGGAGGAUCUCAGGCAGCUUUUCAGCCCAACCCAGUGUCCCUCUCUGUGUGGUAAACCCAAACUCUUCUUCACCCUGAUCUACAGGACCUCAGAAGCCCCAAAUACAUCCUCAAUGGACGAUGAAUACCUAGAGACGGAUGCGCCACCAUGCCACUGUUCUAGGAGGCAAUGUGCGGACGCAAGGACUAUCCCAGUGUCUGCGGAUGUCCUUUGGAGCGUGUGCAGAGCAGAGGCAAAGCUGCUGGAAGCGUCUGGCCAUCAGUCUGUUUACAUGCACACGUUAAGCUCUUCCUUACUGAGGGGACGUGAGAGAAAGAUGCUUUUAUUGGACGUCAUGGCAGAGGUGAACAGAAACGUGGGUAGUCACAAUCAACAAAAUCCUGGCAAUGAGUAUCACGUUCAACUCUCACACACACUACGCAAGAAACUUUACUUGUAACACGUUAAUGAGUACAUCACAACACAAACUUUGUUUUUCUUUCUCUCUAUCUCACACACACACACACACACACACACACACACACACACACACACACACACACACACACAGAGACACAUACCCUGCACUUGUUAUUUUUUUGAAUUAUUGUUUGUAUCAGUAUAGUGGAUGAAUAAUCUGACCAUAGCUGAAUACUGCCAUAACUUCUUGUCCUAUAUCGUUGCGUUUAAUGUAUUUGUAUAUGAUUAAUAUUUCUAUUUAUUUAUAUAUCUUUACUACCUAUGGCAGCUAAUAUGAUGUUCUCUGUUGCAGUCACAAUGCUAGUGCCUCAUUAAUUCAUUUAAGAAUACCUUCAGUCAUUAGUUAGGCUAAAUGAAGUUUAUUUGUCUAGUGCUUUUGAAAAUACAUAUUGUAUCAGAGCAGCUUUACAAAAAAAACAUGGCUUAAUGCUAGCUCCAAAAGUGCGAGGAAAGCAGCUCUAUGAGUUGUUUAGGUGACGAACAGAAGCUUUGGGAGGAAUCAGACCCCAUCAUCCUCUGGCAUGACACAUACAUGUGCUAAAUAUCCAGUUACAUUGUAUGCUGUAGUAUUAAUCACGUGUCCAUUGAAUACAUUUUUAAUAUGCAAGCUGUGAGAUUUGAGAAUCUUGUUAUCCAUUUAAAAUGUCUGGCUUUUUCACUAAAAAUUAUAUGCACAUGAAUAAUAAUGCAUAUGCAAAUUAGAACAAAUCUAUCCUUAUAUCUUUGAUGUUCUAUGUACUACUGUAUCAGAAGGGCUGGAGUUUUGUGACCUUAAUGAGUGUGGUGGAAUGUAGUGUGAUAGAUCACUAGAGCAGACCAUAGAGUAGACCAUAUAGGGCUUAAAAAGUAAGUAGACGUGAAGUGAUGAUUAAAUUUGGGCUGAUCUGAUCUGAUUUUCUGGAUCUGGUAAGAAUAGGCUACUGAACUAGUCUUUAAAAAAAUCAUUAAAAAAAAAAACUGUUCAGAGUAGCUGCUGGAUGAUUUGUAUUAGCAGAUUAAAAGAUGACCAAAUAUGAAAAAAGUGACCAGUAUGAAAAAUCUCUAAAAUAUCUUGCAUUACUCUUGACAGCAUGAAAUGUGUAAAGAAAAUGAGUAUUAUGAUUAAAAUGCUUUUAAUCUACUUAAAUAUUUUUCCUUCAAUAAUUUCAUCUCACUAUCUAAAUGUCACUUUUCACCACCUUCUAUUAUAAAACAAUAACCUGCAAAGAGAGUCAGUAAAUGAAUCUUUUUCAGUGAAUAGAUUCAAAAGAUUUGAUUCAUUGAACUCCUCUUCACUAGCAGGGCUGGAAAUGGGGGGCACGUUCAUUCCUAAAUGAAUCAUCCGUUUGAACGAAUCGAUUGAAUGGAUGAUUCAGUGACAAAGACAGUGACCUGCCGCCACCUACUGGCGGUUUCGGUUUAAUUUUUAAAGUAUAAUAAAUUAUUUAACUCCUUUAAUAUUUCUGUUUUCAAAACUCAAUAUUAAAAACAUUAAUCUCAUAACAUCAUUAUUAUGAAUUUAAAUACACUCCUCUCUGAGUCACAAUAAACAAAUAUUCCUUAAUUUGUGAUCUGUGAAAAGAUAAAUUGUUGAUUGUACCUUAUUAUUUUAAUUGCAUUUAUUGUUUAAUUAACAUUUUUGAUAAGUUUAUAUAUAUAUAUAUAUUACACAAAAAGAUGACACGUUUAAUAAAGUUAGAAAAAAUUGCAUUACAAAGGUAAACUUUACACUUUAAAGAGUCAAAUAUCACCUCAUAAUAGGAAGGUCAAUUUCUAUCAUUGGUCAGAAGGUGUUCCUAUUUUUAUUUAUUUAAAUGUUUUUUUUUUUUAAAUGUAAUGUAAAUGUAAAAGUUUAAAUGUAAAUGUACAUUUAAAUGUAAAUGUAAAAGUUAACAUUACAUUCUUGAAGAAUGUAAUGUUAACUUUUAAAAACUAAUUGCAAAUGUUUAUGCAAACUGUUAACUAUUAAAUAAAAUAUACAAAUCAUGCAA